AUGGCCCCACGCGGAUCCAGGUCCCAGGCCUCAGCUGGGCGAGAAACCAGGAGCUCUGCACUGAAUUCAAAGUCGACAUCGAGAGGGGGGAUCCAUAAACGUCGAGCAGGCUCCACGCGCAUCGAUACCGAUGGAGAUCUAGACAUGGGAACUUCGGCCACCCGCCGCCCAAGGGCAGGGGCAUCUGCUGAUUCCAAAAUGUCAUCGACCCGGCCUGCCAGAGGAACAAACUCCCGAGGAGUCUCGAGGGCCGCGCAGACCAUGAUCAAACACCUAAACAAUGGAGAAAAUUCACAGCUGGCAUCUCGCAUCACUGGCUCCGCCAACAUCCGUGCCGCCAAGUCAAAGCCCAUCAGCAGUGGCCCAUUGGUAUAUUUGCGUGUUCAUGGACUGAAGGAGAGCAAAGCCUCAAAAAACCCAGACGGCGGAAGAGCCGAUCUACUCGCAUUUUUAGAAAGGAAAGCAUCAGCAUUCACCUCAGGACGACAAAAACGGCACGUCUUGAUUAAGAAAUCACACCUCGUAGGCGACUACUUCUUCAUAGGAACCAGCAAGGAGGAUGCCGAGGAGCUCCUCAAAGUCAACACCUUCGUUUUUGCCGGCAGUCCACUCGAGAUUAUCGAGUCUGACGAUGGACUUGGCCACAACGGCGGGAAAGCUACCGAGUCCAAGGACACACAGGAGCUUCGAGCCAAAUUACAGUCCAUCCUGAGCCAGCGCUACAUCGGCGGAAACAAGUUGCUAAAGCUUGACAUGCUUGCAACUGACACCGAGCUAGUCAGCCUGGGUAUGUUUGAAAACCGGGACAGGGCGUUGAAGACUUUCAAGGGUCUUAUGGCGAUCUGCGAUGGUCUUUUCAAGACAACAAAGGACAAGCAAGACGCCAUUGAGAGCAUCAGUCUCGCAAACAACAACAUUGAUGAUGUCACGCAAGUUGAAAGCGUGGCAACCACAUUCCCUCAGCUCAAGAACCUAGAUAUGAGCGGGAACCAAAUCAGCAACAUGCAAGGCCUCGGCCGAUGGAAGGGAAAAUUCCGAGAACUCGAAACAAUCUACAUGGCGGGCAACCCAAUCGAGUCAACGGAUCCCAACUAUCAGGCAAACAUGCUUGAGUGGUUCCCCCAGUUACAAAGUAUCAACGGUACACAGUUGAGGACGCCAGAACAAAUCGCCGAACAGAAGGCCGCCAUGUUCCCUACACCAAUCCGGCAGAAUGGCCCAGACUUCAGAGACGUCAAUGGGAUCGGCGAGAACUUCUUACUCGAGUUCUUCGCUGCCUAUGACAACGACCGACAUGGCCUAGCCUCCAGGCUCUACGAUGAGAGCAGCCAAUUCUCUCUAUCGAUUGACACUACCGGUGUCAGGGAUUCUAAAGCACCACCCCCGAUGCCUUGGGCAUCUUACAUCAAAACUUCACGAAACCUAACAAAGGUUGGAUCACCCAACGCCCGAUUCCAACGACUCUUCAAGGGCACCAACUUGAUAUCCGAGUUGUGGAAGUCGCUUCCAUUCACAAAACACCCAUCAAUCAAGGAAAACAUGAGCAAGUACAUCAUGGACUGCCAUCCACUUCCUGGGUUAGUCGACCCCAGCGGACAAAGUUCCGUCGGCGUUGACGGCUUGAUCGUGUGCGUCCAUGGCGAAUUCGAAGAAUGCGACCAGCAGACACAAAGAACCGGCCUCCGAAGCUUUUCUCGAUCCUUCGUUCUGGGUCCUGGUCGACCAGGGACAGUGCCCAUUCGGGUUGUGAGCGAUAUGCUCUCUCUCCGAGCCUACAACCCGCUUCCAAACGUCUUUGCGGCGGCAAACCCCCAACCAACUGAGCAACCGAAUCAGCAACAAGCCAUGGUUGCGGAACUUUCCAAGCGCACAGGAAUGACUGCGCAGUACUCGGAAAUGUGCCUCACACAAGUCAACUGGGACUUCGAAAAGGCCCUGGCGAUAUUCAACGAAAAAAAGUCGCAGUUACCUGCGGAGGCAUUCAUCGCAAUGCCACAGUAG